UCUUACUGUGAUCCUUGGAUUUAGUCUGCGGCAGGGAUUUCUGUCGAUGGGGAAGCGACCAGGGAAUUAAAGGGAGAGAUGGAAUCAGGGAAGCAGUUAUCCGGGACUCUGAUGCUGGCUGUCUUCACGGCUGUUCUGGGAUCAUUUCAGUAUGGCUAUAGCCUUGGAGUCAUCAAUGCACCUCAAAAGAUUAUAGAAACACACUAUGGGCGGGUUCUAAACGUGCUGCAGAAUGACUCCCUCCUGAAUGGUAAGGAGGCUCAAGAGCUCCACCCAUCCGUCACAAUGUACUGGUCCCUGUCUGUGUCCGUCUUCUCCGUUGGAGGCAUGGUCUCCUCCUUACUGGUGGGAUGGGUUGGAGACAGCCUGGGAAGGAUAAAGGGCAUGUUAGCUGUGAACAUUCUGGCAGUGGUGGGAGGCCUGUUGAUGGGUUUGGCCAAAAUGGGGCCUGCACACAUCCUGGUCAUUGCAGGAAGAGCUGUAAUUGGGUUUUACUGUGGGUUGUCUUCUGGACUUGUGCCGAUGUACAUUGGAGAGAUUGCUCCCACAGCCUAUCGUGGUGCUUUGGGAACUUUACAUCAGCUGGCAAUUGCCAUUGGUAUUUUAAUCAGCCAGGUUAUUGGUCUGGAUUUUCUACUGGGCAAUGACAUCAUGUGGCCAGCGCUCCUGGGCUUGUCAGGGGCACCGUCCAUUCUCCAGAGUGUACUGCUCCUGAUCUGUCCAGAGAGCCCCCGCUACCUCUACAUCAAACUUGGGAAGGAGAAAGAAGCUAAGAAAUCUUUGAAAAGGCUCAAGGGAGAAUAUGACGCCACUAAGGACAUAGCAGAGAUGCAGAAAGAGAAGGAAGAAGCUAUGAAAGAAGACAAAGUGUCCCUCCUGCAGCUCAUUCGCUCUCCCUCGUACCGGCAGCCCCUGGUUGUCGCCUUGAUGCUGCACCUUUCGCAGCAGUUUUCAGGAAUCAACGCAAUUUUGUACUACUCGACCGCUAUUUUCACAAGAGCUGGUGUCGGCCAACCUGUUUAUGCUACGAUUGGAGUCGGUGUCGUCAACGCAAUUUUUACCAUGGUCUCGGUCCUCAUUGUUGAUAAAGCUGGGAGGUGCAAUCUUUUUCUCAUUGGAUUAGCAGGGAUGUGUCUUUGUGCUGUAAUUAUGACAGUGGGCCUGGUCUUCGUGAGCACGUAUUCCUGGAUGAGCUACAUUAGCAUGUCGGCCAUCUUCCUGUUUGUGUCCUUUUUUGAGAUCGGGCCUGGUCCCAUCCCAUGGUUCAUUGUGGCUGAGUUCUUCAGCCAGGGCCCCCGCCCUGCUGCUUUAGCCUUGGCAGGCUGCUGUAACUGGACCUCAAACUUCAUUAUUGGCAUGUGUUUUCCGUACAUAGAGGCCCUAUGUGGAAGUUAUGUCUUCAUAAUCUUUGCCUUGCUGCUUUUUGGCUUUACAAUGUUUACAUACUUGAGGGUGCCUGAAACAAAAGGGAAGACCUUUGAGGAAAUUUCUUCUGAAUUCCAACGCCGGAGACACGCUCCACCACCUGGCCCCAAAACAGCCACAGAGAUGGAGUUCUUGGAGGGCUCGACAGACGCUUGAGACGCUUUGUUUCUUGUUUCUUAAUCCUGUAGCGGACUUGUCGCAAGAUGCAGGGUGAGCUGUAUCUCAACCUUUCCUGCGUAGCUCAAUCCAGAACAUCGGUAAAGUCCAAACCAAAUAGUUUGUGCAAGGGUUAAAUAUUCCGUAUUCAAAACAGGUACAUGUUCCAAUACAGGCUACAAUAGAAUGAAUAGCCCUUUUGUAAAUUAUCAAUAAUAUUACCGAUCCAGUUAGAUGUGUACAGAUCCAGGUCCAGCAGCAAAAGACCCAGUACUUUGCACAGGCAUAUUCAUUCACACCCCCUCGGGACUCCUGAAUGGCGCAUCCAGUAAAGGCGCUCCACAUGGAGUGUAGGAUGCGCCCUGUAGCCUGGAGAUCUCAGGUUCGAAUCCAGGCUAUGUCAUUGCCGACCGUGACCGGGGGUUCCUAGGGGGCGCCGCACAAUUGGCCAAGCGCCGCCCGGGUAGGGAGAGCUUAGGUUGGCAGGGCAAUCCACGGUUCACUGCGCACCUGUGGCUGAUAGGGAGCCUGCGGGUCUGCAGUGGAGCCAUUGAGAUCUGUGUUGUCCUCCGGCACUAUAGGUCUGAUGGCUUCACUAUGGAUCCGCAGUGUGAAAAAUGACGGAUUGGCAGGAACAUUUUUUGGAGGACGCGUGUUUCAGCCUCCGUUUUCCGAGUCACCGGGGGGGGUUGCAGCGGUGAACCGGGAUUAAUAACACAAUUGCCGAUUCUAAAUUGGGGAGAAAACUGGGUAAAAAAAAACACACACCCUCACAUGGAUUGGAGGCGGGGCUAAGCGUCACCACCAAACAUUCAUUGGUGGAUAUUUCCUAUUAACAAAACAGUAACACAUUGCUCCCAUUAUAGCAAUCUUAAACUGGACAGUGUAACUCACUAUUUCAUUGUCAGUUAUGGAGAUUUGUAUAUUCCAUGUAAACAAACUUGGUUGAGUUGUGCAACUGUCUGUUACACUAUUAUUUAAAGACUAAUUAGCUUCAAAUUACAUUUUUGUUGUUGUUGGUGGUGUUUUGUUUUUUAUUUAUUUAUUUUUUAUUUUAACUGUCCACUUAAAUUUUUUAUGUUUUAUGGUACUUAUAGCAGUUACUUGUUUUGUUUUAUUUUUUUUUGUUUUGUUAUUUUUUACUUUGAAAAUGUAAUCCAAAGCUAUUUAUUCUUGAAUUGUAUUUAUUUGUCCUGAGAGAUAUUCCCCUUUAUUUUAAAACCUCUUCUUUUAAAACUACCUGUAUGUAUGACAAUUAGACUUGUA